UCCCACCCCUGCGUACAACUCCCGCAAACACACACAGGCAGCUCGCAACAACUACGCAACAACAAGUCCGUGAAGGGAGAGUGAACACGAGAGCGGGAAGCGCUCUUGGUAGGAAGAGACGGGUUUCUUUGCAGAGGCAGGGUCCCGUGCACAGCGGAUCCCAAUGCAACUGCUCAUCCUCCUCCUCCUCUAUGCUGUCGUCUGUGCCAACUUUUGCAGCCGUCAGGGCACCACUGCCCCUGCCCAGAGCGGAUCUAUAAAAGCCUUGCGGUCCUCCAACAUCAGGAGAGAUGAGAGCAAUCACCUCACAGACUUGUACCGAAAAGAAGAGAGCAUCAGCGUGGCAGGGAACGGCUGCAUCCACAGUCCUCGCUUCCCCAGCAGUUACCCUAGGAACCUCCUGCUGACAUGGCGGCUCCGCUCCCCAGAGAGCACCAGGAUCCAGUUGGCUUUUGAUAAUCAGUUUGGACUGGAGGAACCUGAAAAUGAUAUCUGCAGGUAUGACUUUGUGGAACUGGAAGACGUAUCAGAGACCAGCACAGUUAUACGAGGACGGUGGUGUGGACACAAGGAAGUACCCCCAAGAAUAACAUCAAGAACAAAUCAGAUAAAGAUAACCUUCAAAUCUGAUGACUAUUUUGUGGCUAAACCUGGAUUCAAGAUUUGUUACUCCCUUGUGUGUAGCCUGAAAGAGACAGAUUUUGCAAACACUCAGGAAAUGGAUGAUUUCCAGCAUACAGCCUCAGAAACCAACUGGGAGUCAGUCACAAGCUCUGUCUCAGGGGUGUCCUAUCCCUCUCCAUCAGUGACUGAUCCUACGCUCACAGCAGAAGCACUGGAUCAGACCAUUGCUGCAUUCGACACGGUGGAGGAUCUGCUCAAACACUUUAACCCAGAAUCCUGGCAAGAAGAUCUUGAGAACUUGUACACGGAGAGUGGCCACCAUUAUCGAGGCAGGAGCUACCAUGACAGGAAAUCUAAAGUUGACCUGGACAGGUUGAAUGAUGAUGUGAAACGUUACAGCUGCACUCCAAGGAACUACUCUGUCAAUUUAAGGGAGGAACUGAAGCUGACGAAUGUAGUUUUCUUCCCCCGCUGCCUCCUUGUCCAGCGCUGUGGAGGAAACUGUGGCUGUGGGACUUCGAGCUGGAAAUCCUGCAUGUGCAUGUCAGGGAAAACAGUGAAAAAAUAUCAUGAGGUGCUGAAAUUUGUCCCUGAGGCUGGGCAUCCCAGAAGAAAAGGCAGAACCAAGAACAACAUGGCCUUAGUAGAUAUACAGCUGGAUCACCAUGAGCGUUGUGAUUGUGUCUGCAGUUCAAGACCACCCCGAUAAAAAAAAGAAAACAAAACAAAACAAAAGAAAGGCAGAAAGAAAGAAACAAACCACACUAACUGCAGCUUACUGGACGUUCCCUUUCAAGCAGGAUUGCUCUGAGGACCUUUACUCGCUAAUCAUUUGAAUUUUGCUACUAGCCUGCCUUUGCAAUUAGCAGAAAUGACCACGGUUUUUCAGCAUAGCUGUGCUGAUUAGUGCCAUGGCAGAUAAACAGGUAUAUCAUAGGUUUAUGUAUCAGCAUCCAAAAUAUAGCAUUAUGGUUAUCUGUGACUAGAUUCUGAGCGCUGAGAUUUUCAAAGCUCAGUUACAGUCCUUAGGCACACAGUGCCUACUGAAGUUGAACAGCAAUUGUGUAGGUAUUUGUGGUAGCUGGCAAUGAAAUGGCAUUGUGCUUAUGUUUCUCACUCUCCAGUUCCUAACUCAAAUUAUGCUCAGCUCUCCUGAGGGCCAGUAGGGUUUUAUAGGUGUAAACAAAGAGGUAAUUUGAGCCUGCAUUAGUAUAAAAUGCAUUGUGCAACUCCAAGAGGGAACCUCCUAGCUUUCUGGCCCAACAGAGUGAGAUAUAGUUAAGUCCAUCACUGCAUAAAAUAGCACACCAGUGGAGUUCAGUCUCACUGUUUGUACCCAUCAAAUCGUGGUGAAACCAGUAAUGCUCUUUAUAGACUGAAACACUGAUGACAGUAGAGGGGUGAUAGGAAGCUGGUAGUUUUGCCAUGGUUACUCCACAGGAGCCAUCACCCAGGCCCUUCUAUAAUAGAGGGCCUCUGCCAGGUCCCCAAGUAAAUCCCCAAGGGCUGAGGCUGGUUCUGGUCUCUGCCUACCUGGAUUGCCCUUUGCCCAGAGCUGCCCACAACUGCUCAGGAGGAUUCCCUGCUACAUGAAAAAGGAGAGAACACCCUCCCCUUGCAUCCUCCUCACUGCAGUUUGAGGAGUGCAGUGUUUCCCCAUGAGGGUGAUGAAGACAGGAAACUUGUUUGUUGAAAAUAUUGUUCUGCUUUGCAGUUGAGUUACUGGGAAACAAAACUGUGCUUAAGAUUUAAUUAUUGUUGUUUGGUUUGGGGGUUGUUUGUUUGUUUUAUAUAUAGAUUAGUAUAACUUUGUUGUAUAUGCAUUAAUCUUAGUUAUCUGAGGUUAGUUGACUCAAUUCAGCUCUGUAUAUUGCCAUGGUUGAACUUUUGACAGUGAAUUUCAUUUUUGGAUUGCAUUUUGCUGAGGCAUAUUAACUCAUUAAGCAACAUCUUUCUGUCGUGGAAAAUGUGCAUCAUUUAUUAACUUCCAGAAGGCAAUUAUUAAAUACCACCUUGUAAUAAAAUAAGCACUUUAAGAGCUGCAGCAUAGCUUCCUAUACCUUUCAAAAUACUAUGAAAGUGCUCUAGCUGAAAAAGGAAAAAAAAAAAGUCUUCCAAACUAGCUUUAAAGAAUUGUAAAUGCUGCUGCAAGUGUAAAAUACAGGCAAAAUUACGUCUGGCGAAUUGGAGUUUUGAUCAUGAAUGUAACAGAGGCUGCACAUUUAAUAGCUGAGGUUUUGUCUUUGAUAGCAGGCAUAGGCGGCAUUGAUUCAUUGCUUCAUCCUGUUUGUGUCACCUCUUCUAUCUCCAUCUCUCGGAAAGAAUGAAAUAGUUUGACAAUAAUGCAUUCUAGUUAGUGGAAACUGGCAUGGGCUAUAAUAUAAUUCUGAGGUUCUUCAAGACAGUGUGUUUUAGAAAGCUACAGAAUUCUUACAGCAGUGCUCUAAUGUUCUGCCUUAUUACCCUCUUUAUCAGUUCAAGUAUUUUAUAAGUGCUGGUUUAUAGUUUUAGCAAAACUUUACUGAAACAUUGCUUAGAAAAGUUGUAUUGCUUUCUUUCCUGCACUUUAAUCUUUGAGAUUCAAAAAGUGGGGUUUGCUUUUUUUAAUUAUUUAUAUUAUUUUUUCCUCUCUGGCUCCCAGAUGUUUAUUUAAAAAACGCUUCUGAAUUCUGCCUUCAGAAGUGAUUCAUCAUUUUUCAAAGCAAGUCACGUUGAAAGAACAGCACUGCAACCAAAGAUUGCCAGCUUCGUUUACUACUCAGAACUGUUUAAAAAAGGCUUCAUUCUUUUUCUGUCUCUAGCUUAAUAAAAAUAUUGACCCAGUCCUUCCUUCAUUUUUAGCUAAUUUUGGAAGAAAUAUGCAUGCAAGACCUUGACAAUACUGAUUGUUUUGGAGAGAGUGCACUCCACUAUAUGUUCCUUACUGAAUUCUGAGGUUAUACUUGAGCACUCUGGCCCUGUAGGUAGCAUUGGUUGUAGGACACACCAAUUUAGUUAGUAUGGCUUUGAGCAUUGAAUGAUCCUUGAAUUCCCACCCACCAGGGGAAAAUGUUCACCAGGCAUCAGGUUUGCCUGGUGCCUCUCGCACACCUCUGUCUGCUCACCCAGUCUGCUAAUCUGAGGGAUCCAUCGUGCUCUGAGAGCCUCAAUUAGCAUUACAGACAACUGAAAAGGGAGAGGAUCUUCCAAAAUGUGCCUUAGCCCUCAGGUUGAAUCCUCCCAGUGCAGAGCUUUUCUUUCUCGCUUUGGAUUAUGUAGAAACACCUGAACUCUAAUUUGAGCAUCCACACAAAGUUAAGUGGUAUGAAUACACAUUUUAAAGACUGAACAGCUUAUAGUUUAUCUUACUGAAUUGGAUAUGGGCAGCGGUGGAUGCCAGAGUCCAACAGAAAAAAUCAACUGUAACGUAAACUAAAUACCAGCAAUAUUUUUUUUCCUUUUUAUUUAUUAGCAGAAAUUGCAAAAGUGUUUUUCUAUAGAUUUGAUUUCUCUUUUGUCUAUGCAAUAAUUGUUCUAUUAUUCGCAUAAUAUUUUAACUUAAAAAGCCAAGCUAUCAAAAAUAACUAAUGUUGUUCACUGUUGUUGCUGGACUUAGACCAUCAUAAAAUAAAUACAUUUUCAAGGGAAAUUCAGAAAGAAUCCCUAAUUUCAAGCCACUCAGUAGCUUUUGUUUCUUCUGGAAUAAAUCCUCCUUUCUCAAGUGCAAUCUCUAUUUUUUUAUUUUGUUAUCUCAGUUAAAUGCAGCUUUCCUAGCAGUAUUUUUACUUUAUGCAGUAUGUAACAUGUCUUUAUCUUGAUGAAAAAAAUAAAUACUGCUUUUGAAGGAA